GCAGCUCCCGGUCGCCGGCUCCCGCCUGUGCCUCUACGAAGAUGGCACGGAGCUGACUGGAGAUUACUUUUGGAGCGUCCCUGACAACUCGGAGCUGGUGGUUCUCACCUCGGGCCAGACCUGGCAAGGCUGUGGUUCCUUUGCAGAAAUCGACAAGCUGAUGCUAAUCCCUGAUUCAAAUGUAAUUUCAAAGGACCCGGAGUAGCCAAAACAACCUUGAAGAAGAACACAGGAGGAGCCCUCGCUCUUCCUAACAUGAAAACUUACUACAAAACAACGGUAGUCAAGACACUGGACUAGAAGAUACUCCAGAAGGGAACCGAUGGGUCUGUGAUCAGUGGAUGGUGCCAAGGGUGCCAAGACCUUCCAGUGGGGGAAAGAAUAAUCUCUAAUAAGUGGUCCUGGGACAGCGGGACAUCCAGGUGCUGAAGAGUGGGCCCGGUCCUCACCUGGCACCAUAUACGAAAAUCAACUCAAAAUGGGUAAGUGACCUAAAUGCAAGAGCUAAACAUGUAAAACCCUCAGAAGAAAACCCAGCAGUCAGUCUUCAUGACCUUGAGUUUGACUAAGGAUUCUUAUAUAUGACACCAGAAACAUGAACUAGAGAAAAAAAAUAGAUUCAUUUGACUUCAGAAUGUAAGACUUUUGUAACACCAUCAAGAAGGUGAAAAGACAACCCACAGGAUGGGAGAAGAAAGUCGCAAAUCGUGUAUCAGGCCAGGGACUUGUAUCCGGAAUAAAUCAAGAACUCUAACAACCCGGUCAUUCAUCAUCGGGGAAAUGCGAAUCACACCCACAGUGAGGCACCGCCUCGCACCCGCCGGUCACAAGCUGGUGAGCACGGGAGGAACCGGAGCGCUUGCCGUUGCCAGAGGGUGGGAAGUGGUGCCGCCGCUGUGGGGGACAGGCUGGUGGCUCCCCCGAUGAUCCGAGUCAGCUGUGACCCCGCAGUCCACCCCAGCACACACCCCAGAGAAACAAAAGCACACGUCCACAUGAAGACUUGCGCAUCAUUAUUUCUAGAAGCAUUGUUCAUGAUGGUCAAAAGGUGGAACCCCAAUAGCGUCCCGAGAGACAAAGGGGUAAACAAAGUGUGGUGCGUUCGCACAGUGGAAUAUAUACUGACCGCUCGGAAGGGGAUGGACAGCCUCACGCGAGGGAAAGGAGGCGAGGAUAGAAGAUCACGUAUCCCGUGAUCUCGUUCGUAUUGAAAUGUGCAGAGCGGAGACAUCGACAGAGACAGAGACUGGUGGUGGUUUCGGGCUGGGGGCGGGGGUGCAGGGAGGGGGAUCCCAGCUGACCGAUGCAGACUCCGUUUUCGAGGCGAUGCGGGUGCUCUGAUCUGCAGAUGGUGGUACAGCUCGGUGAGCAAACUAGGGAGCACGGGGUUGUACCUUUCGAGCGGGUGAAUUGUGAGGGGUGGGGAUCCCAUCUCGAUAAAGUGGUUUUUUGUAGAACAGAGCAGUGAACUGCGUUCCAGAGUCACGGCACCUGUCCCGUGUCCAGCUUCGGGUGGUGUGGCUGUCUGCUGCCCCAGCAGCCCGGAUGGGUGUGCAGGGUGGUCUUGGUGUGGGUGGUGCGGUCGGCCGUCCAUCUGUCCUCUCUGGGGAAGUGUCUCUUUGUCCAUAAGUCUUUUGUCCGUCUUCUCACGGAGUUUUUAACUGUUGAGUUUUGGGUUUUUCUCAUGAUGAGUUCUGGAUACGAGUCUUUUGUGAGGUGUGGCCUGUGGGCAUUCCUUCCUGCUCUGUUGCUUGGCUGUGCGUCCCUGGAACAGACUUUCACCGAGAGAAAGUUUUCCAUUUUGAUGAAGCCCAUAUUGUCAGUGCUUUCCUUUUGUGCUUGUGCUUUCCACGUUAAGUCCAGAAACUUCUCACCAAGCCCUUGGGCUGGAAGAGUUUCUUGCAGUCUUUCUGCAGCAGUGGAUGUGGUCGUGGGAUUUUUGUCUUUAGCCCAUCAAGGGUGGAUGAUUCUGGUUGAUUCUUGAGCAUUGAACAGCCUCUGGUCCCUGGAACCACCCCACUGGGCCUGGGGCAUCGUUCUUCGUGCACAUGCUGGCCGAGGUGUCACGGAGGGUCUUGGUGGACUCUGGUUCUGCUGGGUGCUCCAUGCUUGCUCGGCCAUGAGCAGCACUCAAGGACUGCUGGCUCUUCUGUCGGUCCCCCUUCUGGUGGCAGAUGUGAGUGACCUCGGUCGCUUCCUCAGCGCGUUCCACAAGCCGCACGCGGGGCUCAUCCAGGCCGCCCGGCAGCUGCUCUCCGACGAGCAGGCCCCGCUGCGGCAGAAGCUGCUGGCCGACCUCCUGCACACAGUCAGCGAGAACAUCGCGGCCGAGACCAGGGAUGAGGACCCGCCAUGGUUCGAAGGCUUGGAGUCUCGAUUCCAGAGUAAGUCUGGGUACCUGAGGUACAGCUGCGAGAGCCGGAUCCGGAGCUACCUGAGAGAGGUGCACUCUUACGCCUCUUUGGUCAGCAUGGAGGCUCGGGACGAGUAUUCCCGCGUUGCUGAUCUCAUGUGCCGCAAGCUCCGGGCGUCCCGGUACAACGGCAGCUACUUCGACAGAGGCGCCAAGGCGGGCGGCCGGCUCUGCACGCCGGAAGGCUGGUUCUGCUGCCAGGGUCCUUUUGACGUGGACACCUGUGCCUCCAAACACUCCAUCAAUCCCUAUGGUAACAGGGAGAGCCGGGUCCUCUUCAGCACGUGGAACCUGGACCACAUAAUAGAGAAGAAGCGCACGGUGGUCCCCGCGCUGGCUGAAGCCAUUACGGAGCGAGACGGCAGAGAAGUGGCCUGGGAGUAUUUUUAUGGCCUGCUCUUCACCUUGGAGAACCUGAAGUUGGUCCACAUCGCCUGCCAUAAGAAGACCACCCACAAGCUCGGCUGUGACCCACGCAGAAUCUACCAACCGCAGACGAAGCCGAAGAGACGGCGGCCGGCCCGGAAGUGCCGGUGACGGGCCACACGUGCCGCCUCCCUGGCACGUGCCAUUCCAGUGGCUGCUCUUCUGUGCUCGUCACUGCGGUGGCUCCUGGAGACACUUCAGGGGUCGUCCUACAGAUUCCGACCUCACUACAUUUCUCAGUCGGCCUUUGCCCCUCCGAGAGCCCAAGCGCGGGACGACCAGUUUGGUGCAUGGCCGGGGCGUGGGUGGGUCGGCCGGGACAAGGCACUGUCCUCCACUCAGGGGCCCCUCCUGCCCUGAUGGUCCUGCUGCCGUGCGCACGCCCAGUGGCCUCCACAUGGACUCGGCGUCAGGCCAGACGUGGCCACGUGGUCCUGGGACAAGUAGUCUGUGUCAGCUCUCGGCUGGGUCUCCACUCCGCGGCGAAUGCAGAGCUCUGUCCUCGGGGUGUUUCUGAUGGCUCCCGAGGGUUGCUGCCCCCUUGGGGUAAAACAUUUGUAUUCCGUAAAGCAGGUGCAAGGACACGUGCUGCCGUGCCCUUUGUGAUGGCAGAGAGCGGGAGACUGUCCACGUGUGUCCGCAGGGGAAGGGCUGACUGUGGUCUCGUGCUGAACCACAGGAAACUGCUGUUCUUGUAAACUAGAAGUACUCAGAUGUCGUGAUUACCCGUCGACAUUGUGGAAAGCGGGGCAGCAGUUUUGUGUUUCUGUACGGAAACGGGGUGCUGUGCGUCAGGCUGCUCCACGCGGAGUGUGACCUGCUGAUUUUAUAACGUCUGUGCUUGUGUCACACGUGUGUUAGUGCACGUGGGACAGUCUGCGAGGAAAUGUGCCGUCGGGACAGCGGUGACCCUGGGGAUGUGGUGGGCAUGCACUGGGUUAUAAAGGGCUAACUUUCUAGGGGGCGCCUGGGUGGCACGGCGGUUAAGCGUCUGCCUUCAGCUCAGGGCGUGAUCCCGGCGUUGUGGGAUCGAGCCCCACAUCAGGCUCUUCUGCUAUGAGCCUGCUUCUUCCUCUCCCAC